AUGACAAACGAGUCUGAGGGCACGAAGCAGGCCCCUGCGCCUCGAGUGCCCGUCUGUUUGUAUGUACCGAACAAGGUAUUAGAUCCUAUCGCGUCAGGUGUGAGUCAAGCACGGCCAUUGCCUGUGCCGCCCGCUAGCGCGCCUAUUUCACCACCUACAUCUGCAUCGCACGUCACCGUUCGGCCCGACCUGCUAGGCGUUUCUAUGCCGACAGAUGAGGCAGACCUGGACAAGUUGCAAGAGGAAAACCUAACUACGGUAGAGCAGUGCAAAUUGAUGACGGAAGCAGGCAAUUAUGACGGUAUCGUUGUGGAAUUAGCAAACUUCCGCUGGCUGGACCGCUGGGAGAAAAUGUGUCUUCACACAGGCGUGCCCCAGGUAGAGGCAAAACCAGGCAUUCUUCCACGUAGUACAAGUCGCUCUGCACUGGCUACAGGAGGUGUUUCUUUGGACAUGCAGGUCCAGAGAGAAGCAGAACGAUGGCGCAAGAACCCCUCUUUCCUACGUUCAGAGCUGAACCUGACCAAGGCCAGUGAGGCAAAGGGUGUAACUGUGGUCAUUAGUCCAUGGAUUGAACUGGAUGCAGAGGAUGAGGGUGUGCGAUUUGACUCUGAGCUGGCAUUGCGGCAAGAAAUUGCUUACGCAGCCUACCUGGGCGUGGAACAUAUUGUGCUGCCCCCGCCUGGGAGUGAGCCAAGCCGUACGCCUUAUCUGGCUGAUUAUGCACGUGUAAUCAACUCUUGCUUGGUUGGCAUCGCUGGGGAGAUGCCACUUAUCCCUCCCACGAUGCGGGUAUCAAUUCGACUGCCCGUUAGCUCGCCGCAUUUGCUCAAUGACAUGCUCGCGCGACACUCGUUACGCUCGCCCAAUGGUCCUUUCUCUGUACCAGCUACGGCUUAUCUGCGAACCAAUGAUAAUUGGGCGUGGGAGACAUGGGACCAGAUUCAGACCCUGUGUUCCUACCACCCCCAGUUGCACGUUGCUUUGGAUUUGUCGAUGCCACUGCCGCCUACAUCGUCCAUUGAGCGGUGGUUAAGUGAACCGGUUUCUUUGUUAUGGCUUCCUGCAUCUUCAUUCCUGUCGAAUGCUCGUGGGUACCCAGUAUUAUCCAAGUCGGCACAGUCACUGGUCUUGCAACUCUUGCGCCAGUCGGUCAAAAUGGUACUAGUGAACAUCACAUCACCGCCUUCGAAUCAUACACAAGGUGGGCCAGAUGCAUACUUGCUGUACUUGCAACACCUGGCUAAGAAGCAGCCGUCACUGACUCAGAUGGAAGUCUAUGCACAGGGGUAUGGUGACCAUUUGCAGGCGCCUUUACAACCCAUGGCGCACCAGCUCGGUGCCAGCACGUACAAUGUAUUUGAAUCAGAUCCUGUGAAGUAUGACCUGUACGAGGAAGCUAUGUUCCAAGCGCUGUCGGACAUUCGUACACCCGGCUCGCCUGUACAGGUCUGGAUCGUGGGGGCAGGUCACGGCGCUUUGGUCACACGAUGUCUAACCGCAGCCAAAAGAGCGUCUCGUGUGGUGAUUAUUACGGCUGUGGAAAAGAACCCUGGUGCUUGUAUAGGCCUACAAGAGCGUCAAGUCCAUGAGUGGGGUACAGAACGUAUUCGUAUUCUGCAAGGCGAUAUGCGGACGUUGCCAAUCCCACAGAGCAAAUCAGAUUUAGCUGAUAUCGUGGUGAGCGAGCUAUUGGGCAGCUUUGGAGAUAACGAACUUGCACCAGAGUGCCUGGACGGUGCAAUGCGCUUCCUGAAGCCCAAUGGCAUUUCAAUUCCAAGCUCGUACACAUCCUAUUUGGCGCCUAUCACUACGCCCAAGCUGCAUGGCCAGUUGAAAGCGCAGCCCAAAUUGGGCUCUAUGCCGACAGGAGGAGGUGUAGGAAUGGGUACAACGCCUUCCGGUGCGGCUGUGUUUGAUUCACCGUUCGUGGUCUUUUUCCAAUCGAUGCGUAUCCUCUCGUCGACCGACGAAACGUUCAAAUGUGAACGUGUGCAGCCAUGUUGGUGUUUUGAGCAUAGACCUAUGGUCAACAGUGGUUUGGUGGUCAAUGAGCAUGGUGUGCCGAUGACAAACAGUCACAAUGUGCGCUCUGCUGUGCAUACGUUCUACAUCCCACACGCUGGCAUAUGCCAUGGCCUAGCAGGUUACUUUGAGGCGCAACUCUACAAGGAUGUAAAAUUGAGCAUUUUCCCUAACAAGGCGCGCGCCAGCAAGGAUAUGGUGAGUUGGUUCCCUAUGUUUUUCCCCUUCCGCGAGCCAUUGUAUGUGCCGGCCCGUUGUGAGAUGGAUGUUCAUAUGUGGCGACUCACGGAUGAACGGCGAGUAUGGUAUGAAUGGAGUGCGGAGGCCUAUUUGCGCUUAGAGGUAUCCAUGCCGCCCUCUGCUCCUACUUCCCUCAUGUCCCCCCCUCUUGGCGCGAUCAGCUCACCUGUACCUGCCUCUAUGACCUCAGCCGAUGAUUCACGACAAAUCUCGGCGUCAGAUAUAAUACCGUUCCGAAACGCACCCGACACGCCCAUGGCGCCAUCAACAGCCACGAUGGGGCCUCCAGCGACAGACCCAGAUACGUCCGCAUCGUCGCUGGGCAGGGGCGUGGCCGCUAUCGCAUUGCCAACUAUCACUCCAACGGCCAACCGUGUGAAGAUUGGGCAAACUGAACUCAUGAACGCGGGCGCUCGUGGAUCUUGGUUAUUGAUUUCGACGUAA